UGUUGAGACAGAAAACCCAUAAUUAGUUCCAAGAAAAUGAACCGCUUUCUUCUCGAAAAUAGGUCAUACUUUGUCACAUUAGCAAAGAAAAUGCGUGGAAAACUGCUGGAAAAUUCAUCCUCAGCUCAGAUCUAACCUCACUUUUCUAUGAUACAGAAUCAGAGAAUGAAAACCAUAACAUGCUCUGCCCAUAUUGUCAAAAUGACGACUGAUUGCAGUUGAACUUUAUUAUUUCAAAACGUGUGAUAAGUUUGAAGUGGUGUAAUUUAAGUUAUUUUUUGUAAUACAUUAGUUUAUCAUGAUGGAGCCUAGUGACUCGAACCAAACAGAGGAGGAGAACGACUAUCAGGAAUUGGAAAUAACAGAUAAAGAAUUGCCUUUAUGUUUUUACAGAGAUUCUCAUUUGGAACCUAUAAAGGGAAGCGAGUAUGUUGCUCAAAUUUGGAGAAAUAAGGAAAGGAUGAAAACCAUGAGUGUUGCCUUAGUUUUGUGCCUGAAUUUCGGAGUUGAUCCUCCAGAUAUCGUGAAGACUACACCUGCAGCCCGGAUGGAAUGCUGGAUAGAUCCCCAAAACUCGUCCCCUGCCAAAACAUUGGAAAAAGUGGGUGCAACUCUCCAGCUUCAGUAUGAGAGAUGGCAACCGAGGGCUAGAUACAAGCAGUGCUUAGACCCCACAGUAGACGAUGUUAAAAAACUAUGCUAUUCCAUGAGGAAGGUUGCGAAGGAAGAACGUUGCCUCUUUCAUUAUAACGGACAUGGGGUGCCCCAACCAACAAAAAAUGGGGAAAUUUGGGUUUUCAAUAGGCAAUAUACACAAUAUAUACCUCUAUCUUUAUAUGAUUUACAAACAUGGAUGGGUUCCCCUUCUAUAUAUGUUUAUGAUUGUUCAAAUGCCGGAACCAUUGUGAAAUCUUUUGAAACAUUUGCCAAGCAGCAUGAAAACGAAUACGAGCAACAAUUCAUGAGCCAUCACGUUCACCAAACACCUCCACCUAAAUUCAGCAGUUGCAUCCAACUGGCUGCCUGCGAUGUCGAUCAGCUCCUUCCCAUGAAGCCCGAUCUGCCUGCUGAUUUGUUCACUUGUUGUUUAACGGCUCCCAUAAAAACGGCCAUACGAUGGUACUUACAGAAGAAUAGGAAUCCCUUGACCCCCGACGUUUCUUUGGAAGAAAUUGAUCUGAUGCCAGGCUCGUAUGGAGAUCGUAAAACGAUGAGGGGUGAAUUGAAUUGGAUAUUUACAGCGGUGACUGAUACCAUUGCGUGGAAUACUUUACCUACAGAAUUAUUCCAAAGGCUUUUCCGUCAAGAUCUCCUGGUGGCCAGUCUCUUUCGGAACUUCCUGUUGGCUGAACGGGUGAUGCGUUCUUACGAUUGUACGCCUGUCAGUUCACCAGCCUUACCGCCCACCCAUGAGCAUCCCAUGUGGGACGCGUGGGAUUACGCCUUGGACCUUGGUCUGGCCCAGCUUAAGAAUAUUUUAUAUAAUAAGAUGGAGUUUGCGCAUUUGCCUUUUUUCCAACACCAAUUGCAGGCCUUUCAAGUUUGGCUGGAUGUAGCGCAAUACAGGGAUGCUCAGAUCCCCCCCAGAGAACUGCCCAUAGUUCUGCAGGUGCUACUGAGUCAGAUCCACAGAUUGAAGGCACUGGAGCUUCUGGGCAGAUUCCUAGAUCUCGGCCAGUGGGCAGUAAACUCCGCCCUGUCGGUCGGUAUAUUCCCCUACGUUUUGAAACUGUUGCAGAGCAGCGCCUUGGAGCUCAGACCACCCCUUGUGUACAUCUGGUCGAAGAUAUUGGCCGUCGAUAUUACAUGCCAAACGGAUUUAACAAAGGAGGAGAGUCAUAGGUAUUUUCUGAAAAUCCUGCAGGAUAGUACACUCGAGGUCGAAACGAGGACCCAAGCGGUGUUCUGCUUGGCGUCCAUCGCCUACAACUAUCCCCCGGGACAGCAGGCAGCUAAACAGGCCUCGGUUGCCAGCAGCUGCUUGGAAAAUUUGAACGACUCCUAUCCGGAGCUGAGACGUUGGCUGGCCAUCUGCCUCGGUAUGAUGUGGGACAAUUACGACAAGGUGAAAUGGAUCUGUUGUCGGGACAGGGCGCACGAUAAGUUGUUCACUCUGUUGGAGGACCCAAACCCGGAGGUUAGGACCGCAGCUGUAUACGCUUUAGGGACCUUCGUCAAUGCGACAGAGGAGAGAACUUCCCACGCUAACGUUACGGAUCAGUCGGUAGCUAUGAUGUUGAUAGGUCUCAUAGGUAACGAAGCCAGUCCGAUGGUCAGGGUAGAGAUAAUCAACGCCCUUCAGUAUUUCGUCCUGCACUUCGAAUCGUCCUUCAUGGCCACAGCGGCGGCAGCUAAGGACUACGGGUCCCUUCAGGACGUCAACACCACUCCUAACAUGAAGAGGGUAGAAAGUAGGGACCUCUUGAGGGUGAGCGAAAGCACGGAAAAUAUGAAGAGAGUGUCCUCUAGUUCCUCGAUCCACAGUCUUAACAGUUCAGGGUGUAGUGUAUCGGGAGGGCAGAAUCCACUGUCCACCCAAGGGUUCGGGUCUGUUUACCACAAGGUGUGGACAGCGUUGACCAUUUUAGAAGCCGACCCCCAUCCACAAGUAGCAGCUAUGGCGGCCAAGAUAAUCAACUAUAUAAAAAAUCGUCUGAAGGACUCGAUAUCGUCUAAAGAGAGGGGGGACAGUAGAAACUCUAGUAUUAGCCUACCUCCGAGCCCUAACAGAGGAAACUUCUUGGUCGAGGAGAGUCCUCCCAAUUUAAGUUCAGGUUCGAGAACGUUGCCUUCUGUUAGAACGAGGAGACACUAUCAUAACACGAUCAACGAAGAAGCGGACGAUAGGAGUAUGAAGAAGAAGAAAAGAUUGGUAUCUACGGAAUACGUUGAAUGGUCCUUGAGAUUUUUCGCUGAGAGUUCAAGGCAGAGGGAAAGGUACGAAUCAACGGAUCCAAUGCACCAGCUUUAUUACGAGAGGGACUGGCGUUUCUUGAGGAAUAGUGCAAUACGGCAAGAAGCAAUGGAAGAACAGAAGAAACUCGCUAGUUGCAAGUUGGAAUCGCAAGUAUUCAAUACAAGGACACCCGUACCUCCUUUAGUUUUAAAGUUCCACCCCUACGAGCAGUCCAUAGCUGUGGCCGGAAAGAAUGGAUUCAGCAUUCUCGACUGGGGUACCGGUGCCAAGAACACGACCUACCAGAACACUUCUUCAAAAGCACCCAAUAGUGUGAUAAGUGCCCUGGAAUGGAUGAACUCCCACGAUGUGUCCCUGAUCAUGGCGGGUAUAAGUGACGGUAGCAUCAAGGUGUUCAAGCCGGUCGUUGGGUCGAAUAAAGAGCCACAACUGGUAUCUGCAUGGAGUGUUUUCGCAGACAUGAAAUCGAAUUUCACGAAUCUCAUACUAUCGUGGGAGCAGUGGACGCAGACGGUGAUAACGGCGUCCGACACGAAAGUCCUGCGUUUUUGGGACACCGUGAAAGAACUGAAAGCCUUCGACCUGUACCUCGGCACCGACUCUCCGGUCACCUGCAUGGAUUCCACAUUUUCGAACGCGUCCAACGAACAGCUGUCCUCCUACGUGAACGACAGGGAAAACGCCUGUUCCUGUUCGAAAAGGGAUCACUCGUCGUCCCUCAGGAGACCCUGCAGUACCCCGUGUCACGGCUACGUCGUGGUGGGCCUGGACAACGGAUGGGUGAGGUUGUUCGACAGGAGAUGCAACCCUCUGGACGGAAGGGUGAGGUCUUGGGACGAGAGCGGGCCGCCGGUUUUGGGGGUGAAAUUUCUCAGGGAAAAUUUAGUGAUGAGCGGUAGCGCUAAGGGGGACGUUAAAUUGUACGAUAUAAGGAUGAAGCAUGCCCUGGAGACGCAUCAGGUUUACGACGACGGGAUGUUGUGCUUUGAUGUUCAUAGCUCCGCUGGAUUGUUCGCUUGUGGUUCAGCUAACCAGCCUAUAGGAAUUUACAACCUUCAGGGGACCUACUUGAAUAGCAUAAAAUUCUACGAGGGUUUCAUGGGGCACCGUAUUGGGCCAGUCAGCUGUAUAGGUUUUCAUCCGCACAAAGUUAUCCUGGCAACCGGAACUUCGGAUUGUUCCAUAAGUGUAUACGGCCUUCAGGACAAGAGAUGACGGGAGUCCCAUCCCUAGUAACCUCUCUGGGGGCCCACUAGGGAUUGGUUAUUAACGCAAUUCUAGUGAUCAUGCUUAGGGACUGAUAUAUUGAAAAUACUGCCACACAACGCAAUGAAAGAACUAAUAAUUUAGAACAAUUGGUUUUAUUUUCAGUUAUUUUACUGUGACAUUGCCUGUUUUUAAUUUGUUAUGGGUCUUAGUAUUUGAUAUGAUUUUUCUGAAUUGUUGAGUGAACUUCUUAGAUUUUAAAUGUUCGAAAGUGCCUCACAAACUUGAAUUGCUUCCAUGUCUCAAUUCAGGGAUGCAUUUUUUUUAAUUCACAUGGAUUAAUUUCUAUUUUCAACGAAUCUUUAUCCUGAAAUAUUCGCUGAAGCAUUUUUCAACUAGGAAACUACUUUCGGUAUUCAGCACAAUAACAUAAGGAACAAAAACAACAAUCAUCUCAAAAAAUUUCCCCUAGGUUGUGCUCUUUUGAUUGAAUUUGUUGCGAUUCCUUUCUCUUUCCGCGGUUUUAAGCAACACACUUAUUCGCCUGAGAAAUUUUGUAUUUUCAUGAGUGCUCUUUCGGUCUAACGAAAACUUUCUUCAAGCAUGAAAUUGAGAAAAUUAAGCAAGCUUUAGUGGAUAACACAAAUCUGUAGAUGCACGUUUAUUCAGUUUAUUUUAAAUCGAUUUUUAUCCAUAGUUUGUUCCUCCAAAUUCGGAUUUCCUUACCUCUUUUAACUUUUUCAUGUUAUAAUUAUAUUUGUGAUGUUAAUUUAAGUAAUCAGUUCGAUUUUAUUUUUUAUCAAUACAUGUGUACUGUUUGUGGAAUAUGACAGCUGGCAAUUCCGAGAAUGAUUGUAUCGAAUGAAUUUUUGUACAGAAA